AUGGCGUUUCUCUUCAAAUCCAAGAAGAACCAGGAUCGCGCGCUGUCCAGCCGUGAUGGCAAUGCUCAUCCCCCGACCUCCAUGGCUGGCGCGAAUGCCCGCAUCCAGAAUGAAAAACACAGGGCAACCCCAACUGGCAGUGUCAACUCGUUAGAAAAUGAUGCCGUCACCACCCCCGAGCGUAAAGUUACCUCUGCCCACAGCCGUCGCGGUGGCAGUGUCGACAACAAUAAUGCCAUGGCAAAUCCUCCUACCGAUGCUGCGCUUCGCAACGGUCCGGCAGCCGCAAACCCGAACGCCUCUUUAUAUCCAUGGUCCCAACGGCGAAUCACCUACACUACGCAAAAUCCUAGUCCGUUCCCCCGAUAUGGCGCCGCCGUCAAUAGCGCAUCCUCCAAGGAAGGCGAUAUCUACAUGAUGGGCGGCCUGAUCAAUAGCUCCACCGUCAAAGGCGAUCUCUGGAUGAUCGAGGCCGGAGGCAGCAUGUCAUGCUAUCCACUGCCCACCACUGCGGAGGGACCAGGGCCCAGAGUUGGUCAUUCCAGUCUUUUGGUCGGCAAUGCCUUCAUCGUCUAUGGCGGUGACACCAAAAUUGAGGAUUCCGAUGUCCUUGACGAGACCCUCUAUCUCCUCAACACAUCCACCAGGCACUGGUCCAGAGCGCUACCCGCUGGGCCUCGUCCGUCCGGUCGCUAUGGCCACUCGUUAAACAUUCUGGGCUCCAAAAUCUACAUUUUCGGUGGUCAAGUUGAAGGCUACUUCAUGAAUGAUUUGUCCGCCUUUGACCUGAAUCAGCUCCAGAUGGCCAACAAUCGAUGGGAGAUUCUCCUCCAAUCCGAAGCGUCUCCGAGUAUACCAGCCGCCCGAACUAACCAUACUGUCAUCACCUACAACGACAAGAUGUACCUCUUCGGCGGUACCAAUGGCUUCGAAUGGUUCAACGAUGUCUGGUGCUACGACCCGCAAGUCAACAAGUGGUCUCAGCUCGACUGCAUCGGCUACAUCCCCUCCCGCCGUGAAGGCCAUGCCGCCGCCCUUGUUGACGACGUCAUGUACAUUUUUGGAGGCAGAACCGAGGAGGGCACCGAUUUGGGCGACCUCGCCGCUUUUAGAAUCUCCCUUCGACGUUGGUACACGUUCCAGAACAUGGGCCCUUCCCCCUCGCCACGAUCCGGCCACAGCAUGACUACUGUUGGCAAGUCCAUCGUUGUACUCGGUGGUGAGCCUAGCACUGCUGCAUCCACCGUUAAUGAUCUUGGCAUUCUCUAUGUUUUGGAUACGUCUAAGAUUCGAUAUCCCGCCGACGCCCAACAGAGUUCGAUUCGUUCUCCCCAGGCCGGCCGCCCGAGCCUGGAGACUUUAAAUCGUCAAGCUCCAGGUGCCUCCAAUGUGGCUCAAGACCCCAAACGAAUCACCCAGGGUGCAGCCGCAGGUGCAGUAGCAGGCGCAGCCACUGUCGGCGCCACGGUAGCGGCUACCAAUGGGUCAGGUCCUAUCUCAAGUCCCGACUCGAGCCGCUCGUUGAACCCGACAAGCCCCGAGCUUCAAGGCCCAGCCGGCGUGGGAUCGAAACUGCCGCGCCCCACGCCUCCGCCGGCCGCCUCACCUCCUCAGGCUCCUGCUGGAUCCAAGUCACCGCCAGAGCCCCCUGCGAUUGGGCGAGUUCGUGGCGCAUCCGUCGACCGCCCUGCCGCCGGCUCGCCGAAGCCUGGCUCUGCUGAGGCCCCUACACGACAACUCGCCGCAGAUCCCGAAGGCCCCGUCUCCGCUGCGGUAAAUGGUCAGCGCUCACCGCCCCAAAGCUUAAGAUCACCCAGCGGCUCAGAAAAGUCCCGUGCGCCUCGCCCGUCGCAGGGCUCUAUCGACAGCACAUUAGAGUCGUCCCGUGCUAAUCGUCCAUCAUCGCCACCGCCCCCGACUCGACAAGGUGGUAGCUUGGUGUCUCGUCGCUCAUCUGGGCGCAAUUCACAAACUGUUGCCUUGCUCAAGGAACUUGAUGCUGCCAGAAACAAGAAUGCCUGGUACGCUUCUGAACUUGAGCUGGCUCGCAAGGGUGGCUAUGUUCCCAACACCUCUAGUGUAGCCCUGGAGAAGUCGUCUCAAACCUUCGACGACGAAGACAAGCCAGUCAUCGAGGCACUCUUAACUAUGCGAACCGAGCUCGCCAACGUCCAAAGUGCGGUUGAUAAACAAGCCGUUGUUGCUGCCAAGCAAAUUGCUGAGGCAGAAAGACAACGGGACGCUGCUAUUCAAGAAGCCUUGUAUGCAAAAGCUAAAGUAGCCGCUGCAUCAACCGCUGGCAGCGCUGCUAGUACCCCGCAACUGGAUGGAGAGCGUGAUGACGUCGGCCGCGUCGAUGGUAUUAGCAAGAAGCUGGCGACGGCACUUCACGUGCAAAAAGAACAGCAAACUCAUAUUGAAAAUCUGAAAUCGGAAUUAGAAGCGGAAAGACGCGCCCGUCAAUUGGCCGACGAGACGUCCAACGCUGCCGAGAAGCGCCUCGCCCACCUCGAAUCUUACAAGCAGCAAACUUCUGCCGAAGUUGAGCGUCUCAAGUCUGAACUGCAUUUGUCACAACGGGAAGCCCGAGAACACUCUGUUUCUGCCUCUGAUGCUGUAUCCGCCUUGGCCUUGCUUAAAGCCGAGAAGGAAGAUGUCACGAACAAAUACAACGACGCUGUUGGGACAUCAAAGAAUCACGAUGAGACCUUUACCUCUCUUCGGGCGGCAAUGAAGGCUUCGGAAGACGGCAAGUCCCACGUAGAGAAGAAGCUGGCUGAAGAGCGCACUGCUCGUGAGAGACUGGAGACCAAGUUCAACAAGCUGAAGGUAGAGCACGAAGCCCGCACAGCCGAGCUAGUUGCUUCCACCCAAAGGUUACGCGACGCCGAAGAGCUGGCAGAGAAGAAUGCAAACGAAGCCCGACAACAUCGCGCGGUCGUCCUCUCUGGACUUGACAAGAUUACCUUGCGUGACUCGCCCAAGUCCAACACUGGAGAGACUGAGCGAUCCACGGCACUGCAAAGUCAGGUCGCUAGCUCUAGUGCCUUGGUCAAGAAGUACCAGCAAGAGCUGGACGCGGCUGCCGAUAAGCUUCGAAGCGCCGAAGAACGCAUUGCAGGUCUGGAACAGUAUCAGGAGCAGUCGAGUCGAGAGGGAGUGUCCAUCAGGCGACAGCUUCAGGCUGCCCUUAGAGAAACCCAGAGUCUGCAGGCCGCUCAUUCGGAUGUGAAAAACCAGCUUGCUGCGCAGCAAUUGGAGACAAAUGCCAUGACUGUACAACACAAUGCGCUCAAGGACAUUCUUAAUGAGCGUGGCAUCAGCCCCACGACUGCUGUGCGCAGUCGAGGACUCGCCAGCCCUCGCACGACUUCACCCGAGCAAACCCGUCUGCGCGAGCUGGAAUCCCAACUGGCAAGCUCGCAUGCUUCUCACGAGGAGACGAAACAAGCUUUUGCCGUGCAAGCGCAGGAAUCCGAUUCUGCUUACCGCGAAAAACUUACGCAGCUUGAGAACGACUACCAAUCUGCUGUGCAUUACGUCAAGGGCACGGAGAAGAUGUUGAGGCAGCUUCAGGAGCAAUUGCAACGUUACAAGGCCGACAACGCCCGUCUCAAGACAGAGAAGGAAGGCUUGGAGGAUCGUAUGCAGAAUGGCGAGAGUAAUGGCCGAUCAUUGGAAACGCCCGUCGCAUGGGAGACUGAAAAGCACAAUCUGGAGCAACAGAUCGGAGGCCUACAAGAAGAGCUCCGCAGUUCCAGCUCUCAAUUGGAGAAGAAGUACGCAGGCGUGCAGAAGGAGCUUGCUGAUCUGCAAAAGGACAAGGAACACUCCACGAAGCAGCUGGCCACGUACGUCAAGGACCUUGACCAAUUGCGCUCUGAAAACGACUUGCUCGAGCAGCGUGCCACCGCCGCCGAGACAAGGGUCACUUUCCUGCUUGAGCAGGUGGAGCACUCUGUCGAUAACUACCGCCGCCGUAGCCGACAGGCCAACAUGACACCGGUUGACGUUGGCGGUUCCAACGGCGUAAGUCACACGCGCCAGGAGAGCUCCGAGGCGGAGAGCGUAUAUGGCGGCGGCAGCCACGGUAACGCGGACGGUCGCAGCAGUGCGGCCCUCGAAAACCUCGCCAGCGAGCUCGAGACCCUCCGCACCCACUGGGAAGCCACCAACAAGAACUACCGUUUGAGCAACACCUUUGACUUUGACCCGCCAGUCGACCUGAAAAAGGACGACGACACCAUGGCCGGGGCGGGGCUCAGCGAGAGCCUGGCCGACUGGCGCAAGAAGCUGGACGCGGAAGAGCACGCCGAGGGACGCAAAUCAAAGUAA